GCAGACGAAGCAACGUGUCCGUGUAAGUUGCACUUGCAGCGAGUCCGCAGUUACAUUUCAAAAACUUGUUUGUCAGUGUUGCGAUACGGCUCCUUGUGAGUGGACUUCUGUCAUUGAAUAUAAACGAAAUUAAUUAUUUUUUAUUGUGACCAUGGAACCGGAAUCCACGACCGACGGCUCACCAAUGAACCAAAAUCCAUCCAAUAGCAGAACAACGCCGUUUGAACUACCAGAAAUCAACAUGGAUCUAUUAUAUUAUGACACGUCGAAGCUGAGGUACUUAUUGGUAUUUAAUCAAGUGAAAUUCAGCAAACCGUCAUUCUUUAAAAAGAUCUCGCAUUUCCACAGUGCUGAGCCACUUGCACCCAGGAUCGGGACCAACGAAGAUGUCAAAGCUCUGAAUGCAGUAUUCUCCAGUCUUAAAUUUGAAGUCACCGUGUACGAUGAUUUGUCCCGUGAGCAAAUUAUGAAAGUAAUUAAAGCUUUUGUGGAGAGAGACCAUAGUGACACAUCGUGCGUCGUGGUGGCCAUUUUGACACAUGGCAAUCCUGGUGGGGAAUUGUGGGCCAAGGACGGUCCAUAUAAUCUGAGCAAUGUCCUGACCAAGUUUGAAGGCGGAAACCUGGUGGCAGUACCUAAAGUGUUUCUGGUACAGGCAUGUCGUGGAAGCAAAACAGAUGCUGGACAAAGAAUCCAGCUAGAUGGCGGGAAAGCAUCCAUCACGGUUCCUACACACACAGAAUUUCUAAUUCUGUACUCAACUGUCGAAGACUACGUUUCGUUCCGAGACCGUCGCGGAAGCUGGAUGAUCCAAACGUUCUGCAGGAUUCUCAGCGAUUUCCACAACACGAUGGAUCUCUUGCACAUCAUCACGCUGAUGAACCACACGAUCGCACACGAAUAUGUGUCUAACAGUUCAAAUCCGUCUAUUGAUAAUAAGAAACAGACUUCGGAAACGAAGUUUACUCUUACAAAGCUGUUGAAACUCUAAUGGCUAAGCCACGAAAACUGGCUAAGUCACGGCGGGGCUAUCCGCAGUGCUCUGUCUCAGGUAUUCUUCCUAUUCCUCUCUAUAUCUGUCUCGCUCACUCCUAGCUGUUGACAAAACAGCUCGCAGUGCCGCUCGAUUGGCGAAUUCCUGGCUUGGCCCUAAGGCCCCGACCAGAGUGAACGCGCGGUGAAUUAAUUAUUACGCUGGCCAACACCUUUUUUUUUUUUUUUUG